AUGAGCGCCGCCGGGGACUCGAAGCCUCGCCCAGGGGACGCACCUGAGGCAGCGGGCGUGGCGGCAUCAGCACAGGCGCAAGCGGCAGCGGCACACGCGCCGUCAGGCUCCGUCGCGGCAGAUGCUGCCGCGUCCUCCUCAUCAGCGACUGACCUGGGGGACUACCACACCUACACCCCUCGGAUCGUGGUGUUUGGCGGCAGCGGCUUUGUGGGCAGCCGGGUGUGCCAGCAGGGGCUGGCGAUGGGGGCCGCCGUGGUCAGCAUCAACCGCUCGGGGCGGCCCCGCAACCUGCGCGGCGACUGGGGCGACGCGCUGGACCCGCAGCAGGCAUGGAAGGACGUCCUCAAGGGGGCGGCGGGGGCGGUGUCAACCAUGGGGGGCUUUGGGUCCAAUGAACACAUGUACAAGGUGUGCGGCGAGGCCAACAUGCGCGCCAUGGAUGCCGCUGCCGCGGCGGGCGUCCCCCGCUUCUCCUUCGUCUCGGUGGCAGACUACAAGCUCCCCGCGGGCUGGCGCGCCCAGGACUUCCUGCUGCGCGGCUACUUCCAGGGCAAGCGCGACGCAGAGGCACACAUGGCGGCCCUGUUUCCCGCGGGCGGCGUGGCGCUGCGCCCCAGCUUCAUCUACGGCAGUCGCGUGCUGGGCGGCGGCAGCAGCCUGCCGCUGGGCCUGGUGGGCGCGCCCCUGAGAGCGGCCCUCAGCCUGCUGCCCACCAGGAGCCUCGCCAACAUACCCAUCAUGGGCGCCGCCUUCAUGCCGCCCGUCAGCGUGGAUGCCGUUGCCAAGGCGCUCGUGAGCGCGGCGCUGGACCCCUCGGUGCCGCCAGGCAUCAUGGACGUGUGGGAGAUCGGCAGCAAGUAUGGGUGA